AGAAUUACAAAAUCAAAUGCACUGCAAUAAUUUCACAUUGGAAACAACUUGCUUACGUGCAUUAGUACUUCGUGCUAAUAAGCACACAACAUAUUAAGUAUUUUAAAUUUCAAUGUAACGUGUAUAGUGCAGACAAGUGUGAAUUAAAAACUUUUUACAUAACAACAUAUAAUUGAGCAACUAACUUGAACCUGCCCAAAAGUGUUGAUAUCUCAGCACUUCGUUUUAAAUUAUUUGCAAUGUCUUAUACAUUGUCAAAUGGCUCUCUCGAAAUUAUAAUGAAAGGUGGAGUUUAUGAAAAUCCUGUGAUACAAGUCCUUGGCAUUUCAAAAGUUGAAGGGAGUUCUAUCAAUGAGAGAUAUAGACUACAGAUAUCUGAUGGCAAACAUUUCCAUAGCUUUGCUAUAUUAGCAACACAACUACACCAAAAACUCUAUUCUGGGGAACUCUGCCUCUUUUCAGUAGUACAAAUUAAUAAGUUUGAAACUAUAAUUCUGAAAAAUCAUGAGAAUGAUGACAGGAGGAUGAUAAUUAUCUUGGACAUAAAUAUCAUAGUACAAGGCAAAGAAGUUGGUAAAAAACUUGGAAAUCCUCAAUCAUGGAUUAGUACAUCUGCAUCUGAAGUUCCAGCACAAACUCCAGCUUCAGUAACACCAACUCGGAUAGCCAGCCCUGCUUCUACUAGCACAAUGCCUAAGCCUUCGGCUGGCACUAGUUUCAAUACUAGUGUUGUUAAUUCCAAAUUGACUAUUCCAAUUUCAAGUCUAACUCCUUACAAAAGGAAAUGGUGUAUUAAGGCACGUGUCGUUAAAAAAACUGAGGUUAAAACUUAUGGAAAAUCAAACAAUGGAAAAUAUUUCAAUUUGGUUCUUUGUGACGACGGAGGAGAAAUCGCAGCGACCGCUUUUAAUGACGACUGUGACAAGUUCUAUAAUAAAAUAGAGGUGGACAGAGUCUACUACAUCAGUUCUUGUAAAAUCAAGCUGGCGAAUAAACAGUUUAACAAGUUAAAUAGUGAUUACGAGUUGAUGUUCCAAACAGAUACCGUGAUAGCAGAAUGUUUUGAUAAUGUAUCAACAUUACCAACUCUUAAGUACGACUUUUUGUCCAUUAGCGACAUCGCUAACAAGAGCCCUGGCGCGUUUUUGGACGUUAUAGGUAUUUGUAAGAUGGCUUCUGAUCUACAGGAGCGCACAGCAAAAAACACUGGUAAAAUACUAAAAAAGAGAGAAAUCACACUGGUAGACCAGUCAUAUGCUGCGAUCACAGUAGAGCUAUGGGGUAACAAAGCCGAAAAUUUUGAUGCCACAACAAAUACAGUAAUUGCUUUAAAGGGCGCUCGACUAGCAGAGUUCAACGGCAGCAAGUCGCUAUCUUGCCUCGGGAGCACCAUGCUGCGGACCAACCCCGACCUGCCCGACGCGCACCGCCUACGCGGCUGGUACGACCACGGCGGCGCUUCUGCAGAUUUCGUCAACAUCUCUGCCAGAGUGGGCGGUUCGGCGGGAGGAAGAACCGAAUGGAUAACGCUUAAAGAGGCGGAAACGCGUAGAACACGUUGUGCCGAUAACAGCGUAUAUUACAACUUACUGGGGGUGGUCAUCUAUACACUGUCGGACAACGUAGUAUAUAAAGCUUGUCCACAAGAACACUGCGACAAAAAAGUGGAGAACCAAGAAAACGGCAUGUUCUGUUGCAAAAUAUGUGGGAAAGAAUAUCCUAACUUCAAAUACAGACUGUUAUUGGGGGGAACCAUCUCCGACCCCACCGGCGACCAUACAAUUACUGCUUUUAAUGAAGUCGCCGAGUCCAUGCUUGGAAAGUCCGCUAAUGAAGUAAGCUACUUGUUGCAGAAUGACAAGGAAGGAUAUGGACGCUUGUUUGAUGAAAUCAAUUUUAAAACUUUCUUGUUCAAUUUGAGAGAAAAUUACGACAAUGAAGCACGGUUACGAACGACAGUGAUGAGCGCUCAACCGGUAAACUACAUGGAUGCCAACUCAAGAUUUGUCAAAAGUAUCAAAGCUCUAAGCGGAAUUCAAGUGUAAUUAUUUAUAUUUCCGACUAACAUUCGCUGCACAAGUCACUAAAAUGCUACUUACUUUAUUAAUAAUAUUUCGCAUUAAUUUACUUACAUGACAUCACAAUUAUUAUACUAUUAUAUAAAUCAUAUUUUCAUAUGCAUUUCCGUGCAUAGCAUAGGAUAAGGGUUACUUUAGUAACGGGCUACAUAUUAAUCAUUUUAAAAUUAAAUUAAGUAUCAUUGUUGAAUAAGAAUUAUUUACAUUCGUUAUUGAUUACACAAUUUAUAUAAAAUGUUGUUCCAUUAAAUUAAAAAAUGCUAUUGAAAAUAGCUUGACAUGAAAUGAAAUUAUACAUUUUUUUAGUAUACAAUUUUAUUUACAAAUUUAAUAUUUCUUAUACAUUUUGAGGAAACCACCUCCAUGUUACAUUUAUAAAACUAUAUAAUAGUUUAACUUUCAAUUAUAUUUACA